UGCAGGAUCAGACUUUUGGUCACCUGAAGUGAUCCACAUCCAGAGGGACCAUGAUGAUGCUUUCCUUUGUCUUUGUUUUUGUGCUCGCUGGUUGUGCAUCAGGAGACAUUGAGAAGAGGAUUGUUGGGGGAGUGUCCUGUAAAGAGGACAGGCAGUAUCAUGUCCAGAUAGACUCUGUUCAGGGGGGCAUGACCUGCGGAGGCGCUCUGAUUAACACCCGCUGGGUCAUCACGGCUUCUCAUUGUGCCGAACGGAUGGUCAAAGUGAAGAUUGGCUUAAACAACCAAGCACCAUUAUUGAAACAAAUUAAAGGUUUUUUUAAGAAUCUUUUUUCAGGAUCCCCCAAAAAUCUUGAGCAGAACAUUGAUCCUAAACAACAGUUUACCUUCAAAGAAGGUGAUCAACCCCAUGAUAUUAUGCUGAUAAAACUGAAUGAGGAUGUGUCUGCUAAACUUCCCACCAUCAGGCUUCCUCCUGUUGAGGGGUGUCAAAAACCAAAUAUGAACGAUCCUGUUCAGAUUGGAGGAUGGGGUUUCAAGACAGCUGAUGUGAAAAAGGCCAGCAACCCCAAGAAUUUAAAGUGCGCUAUGACUGAGAUAGCUCAGUGUGGAGAGAAUGAUAAACCUGAUAGUAAAUACUUUAGUGAUGAGUCUACCACCAUGUGUGCUCAUAAACCUGGCGUGGAGUCCUGUUUUGGUGAUGCGGGUACAGCUGUGGAGUACAACGGCAUUUUACAUGGAAUAAUUGUCAGUAACCCUGUUGAUAAGUGUGCAAAUCCUGUUGUGAUGCUGAAUAUUUGUCACUACAGACAGUGGAUUGCUGACACCAUGCGGAACAAUCCAUGAGUAAACCACAGAGGAAAUACGUUUCCCUUAAAAAUC